AUGGCUGUUCCGUAUGCUCAGACUGUGGAUGGCAAUGAACGUCAAUUUGCUGUGAAUCACUUGGGUCAUUUCGCGCUCACGGCUACGCUCUUUCCGAUGCUAAAGCGAAGCACUCCAUCUCGUGUGGUGAAUGUCAGUAGUAUUGCGCACAAACAAGCGAAGCUAGAGCAUUUUACGUCUGGAUCUUCGAUCAUGCGUCUUUCUGAUGAAGGCUACAAUCCUAUUGAAGUGUCACCUCUGUAG